AGCUCGCUACUUCAGUCCACUUUCUCCCCAGUCGGUUGUAACUGCUGGAGCAGGAUGAGGUCGGCUCUGCUGCAUGUGACGGUACCGCUCAUAUUCUGUGUCGCUUUGGUGAACACGAACCUGUUCGGUGAGGUUGAAGUGGACCUGACGUACGAACAUUACGCAGAAAGAAGGGCUGAGAACAUGCCUGCGUGGUUGGCGAUGCCGUUCAACUGUUCGGUGAACGUGGCCUACAUCUUCUUGGGCCUGUACUGGCUGCUCUGGCGCACAGGCGGAGCGGAAACGGAGCAAAGCUGCUACUUCAGACAGGUCUUCGCCCUCAUGGCCGUCUUCUACGCGCCAGUCCAAUGGACGCGCCUGGCAACGCUGCGGCGCGCCCCCGCGGUGCUGGACCAGUGGCUCACCUUACCCAUCUUCGCGUGGGUCCCCGUGUGGAUCGAUUACGUAGAACGCGCGCCUGGGAAGUGGCGCGCAUCGCGCGCGGCGGCGCUCGAGCUCUGCUCCGUCGCCAGUUACGGCUUGGCGCUCGCGCACGAGCGCGGCUUUGAGGUGGCGUUGGGCUGUCACGUCGCGCUGGCGUUGUACAGAGGAGUCCGCGUGCAGGUGGCGCGCGGAGACAGCCGCACAGCGGGCUACCUCCUGCUGGCUGUGCUGUCCUGUGUGGGGUUCGUGGCGCUGAAGCUGCUGGAUCACUGGCUCGCUCGGUACCGGGUCUUCCAGAGUCUCACGGGACACUUCUGGUCCAAAGUGUGUGACGUGCUGCAGUUCCACUACAGCUUCUGCUUCCUGACUGCGUUAACAGACAAGGCGCUGAGAGAGACUGCAGCACGGCAGAGGUGAUCAGGAAAAUCACUCUCAUCUGGGACUGGACCUGUAUGAACAGCUAGCCAUCAAAUGCAGAAGGAAUUUAAUUUAAAAUAAAAGUCAUAUAUACACCGAUCCAAUGAUGUGUGGCCUUAAGUUUAGCAUUCCUGUAAAACCUUCCUCUGGACUACAUUAAUCCUCAGGAGAUCCCAUUUCUAAUAAAAGUUCUAAUUUGA